GCCACAAAUUAAACACUCGUCAGUCGCCGUGCCGUAAAGGUCGUAAUCAAGAAAUCAACAAUUUCCCAGCCGAAAAACCAGUGAAAGAAAAUGGUGUCCAGUGUAAAGCUUGUCUUGGCCCUCACCAUCUUGGCCACACUGGCCUGCACGGGCUAUGCCAUCAAGUGCUACCAGUGCGAGUCGGUGACCAAUCCCAAGUGUGGCGAGAAGUUCGAGGCGGAUGAUAAUCUGCUGCUGGACUGUGCCAAGAUUGCACCACCGCGCUUCCUGCAGAGCUUCUUCCCCGUGCGCAAUGCCACUGGCUGCAUGAAGAAGCUCAUCGAUACGGUGCCCGGACACCCACAGGUGGUGCGCAGCUGCUACUUCGGGGACGUCAGCAACACUCAGACAGGCUGCACCUCGGAUCCCUCCCUGCCCUUCGCCAAGCAGCUGAGCUGUGAUGUCUGCACCAAGGACGAGUGCAAUGGAUCCGCCACCCUCGCCCCCCUUGCCGGCGCCAUUCUGCUCUUCUUCGGCGUCGCUCGCCUGCUGGCCUAAGAGAGCGACGGAGAGCGGCGCUCUCUCUCUCUCUCUCUCACCCACACUCUCUUUCCAUAUCCGUGGUAGAUGUUGUGCCCGCUUUUAUCAUCGAAUCGCUUGAAUAAUUCUCUUGAAUGUGAAUACCAAUCCGCAUCUGUGUUUUUU